UUUUCGGUGACUUCUUAGUAGGCAAAAACUGAAUGAAUACGACGAAUAAGCUUUGUAACCAAGCACAAUCAUGCUGGUUAAACUCGAGAUAAAUGAAAACAAACUGUAUACUACAAAGGAAGAUUCAUAACAGUACAAGAAAGAAGAAUUUCUUUGGACUUUUGUAUGUAGUGCUGGACAACAGCGUGGAAGUAGUCCCAUCUCAAUGCAAACUUGCCCCAGUCCCUGUGAGACACCGGAAGACCUCGAAUUUCUGUCUGAGGCAAAUAAACAAUAUGUUGAACUUGGUGUUAAUGAAACACUUGACCCAUUGCGAAGGAACACAAUACACGAAAGUUGUAAUAAUAAAAAAAGAAAAUAUAUAAAUAUGGAUGACAGUAAUACAAAAGUUCAAGCAAAUAGACCAAGUGAUGAUGUUGAAGCAGUUUUUGAUGAAGUCACAGGAGAAACAAAAGUAAAACUUUGGGCAUAUGAAUAUCCAAUAGAUACAAAAUGUCAGCUCAGUGCUGAAAUGGGUGUUCAAGACGAUAAAACUGGAGCUAUGUUCGGAGAUACAGCGUAUGAUACUGAGGAAAACAUGUUGACUGGAGACGACCGACAUGAUGAAAUGAUGCCUCAGUAUGACAACUGGAAGAUUGGCGAACGAUUUUUGACAAGUACUGAGUCGGCUGACAACCUUCACUCACCAGCAGUUCCUGAAUGUAGAAUAAAAACAGAACAAGAGGCUAAAUACAGUACAACAUUAGACAGCCUAUUUGGUGAUGGAAUGCAAAGAACAAGUUCUGAUCCUUGCAUGAAGAAUAAACCCUGCACAAGUAAGAAAAGGACAAGUUUUUCCUAUCCAGUCAUAGCGGACCAGGACUCUGGAGGUAUGAGCAGGAUUAUGUCUUCUGAACUUAACACUGAAUCAUACCCACAUUUAACUAGGCAGAGGACAGAAAUGGGAUGGACUAAGUGUGAACAAAUACAAUAUGUGCAUCAAUACCCUGAUCAAAACUUUAACUCGCAUGCACGAGAACAGUGGCUACGAUAUAUGUCGAUUUCGACCAAUGCAAAAAUGUUUUACUAUCAACAUGAAACGAUUCAAAAUGAAAACGAGGAAAGAACAGUAUUUGGCAUAACCCCGUGUGCUGGAUCAUUCCCUACAAGAUUAUCUUUACUUUCGAACCGUCACAAUAAAGUUUGGAAACAAACAGAAGGCACGUUAAACAGUGAUCAAAGUGAUAAGAGUAAGACUGAGGAUGUAUCUAGCCCGAAUGACCAGAAAUCUCAGUUUAUAGACUUCAGUCAAAUUUCUCAAGAUGUUACUCCAUAUGCAGAAAAUACAGAUAUUGGAGAAAGUUCCUCCCACACGUACUUGUACCACAGUAAACACCAUAACACGGAAACCAAAGAAUACAAACAUAAAAAAAAAUUAAAAAGAUGCUGCCGUUUAUGGGAAUACAUACGAAACCUCUUACUAGAUCCCUCUACAAAUCCUUCUCUUAUUAAAUGGGAGGACCGUAAUGAGGGGACAUUCAAACUUGUUGAAAACAAGAGAAUAGCUUAUAGCUGGGGCUUGAAGAAGGGUAAUACGAAUAUGAGCUAUGAAAAACUCAGCAGAGCUAUGAGGUACUAUUACAAGAAGAAGAUAUUUCAGCCGGUUCUUGGAAAGCGUCUAGUCUACAAGUUUGGACCAUGUGCUACAGGCUGGAAAGUCGACACUUGAAAAUCCGGGGGACAUUUUUGUUGAAUUUGGCACUCAUUGUGCUUCAGAUAGGAUUGUUAUUUCUUGCGAAACAGAUCUUUCAGCUUGCCCAGAUGUGCAUUGGGAUGACUGUAGUGUCGUGUAUAGCAAUGGAAUUUUGAAUCAUUUAUUUGUUUAUUUUGUUGAUAUCCAACUUUUGCCUUUCUGCUCAUAUGGUAAUGGUAAUUAUAUUUGUUUGUAUUACCUUUUUCAUAGUUUAUUUUUGUAUUUAAAUUCUUUUUUAUAUAAAACUUACGAUUUGGAAUAAAAAAAACAAUACUGCUU